GGGGGGGAGAUCCCUCUUUAAAUGCUUAGAGGAAGGAGGGGAACCUGUGUGUCUAGUGCCUGCGGGGGAAAGGACAAGCCGGUACUUGAACUGAGCAAGCGUCUCCUGCUGCGCUUGCUUGGAACGGUGUCAGGUGCUUGCUGUCUCCAGCUCCUGAGCAACUAAAGUCCAGCGUCUCGUUUUGCACCCGCCCUUUCCGCGCUUGUGAUCCGCCUGCUCGCCUCGCUUCCUCGGUCUCCUUGGCGCUGCGUUCAGUUUCAGCCUCGCCUUCCUGCGUUCCGGAGCAGACCCAGAAAUGCCCGCUUUGGCGCUCUCGCUGGCGCUGUGCGCCCUGCAGAUGUGGCCAGCUGUGGUCGGGGGUCCUCCCCAACAGCGGUUCGCCGUGCUGGACAAACACUGGCCCUUGAGGCUCACCAAGAUCCAAAACUUCGCAUGGCAGAACUGUGGCCCCCCCUCUGAUCCUGCUGUAAUCAGGAGUUUGUCCGUAUCUCCAGAUCCAGUUUCGAUGCCGGGAGAUGUGACAGUCAGCGUAGCCGCAGCUACCACUGUGGCCCUCACUUCACCUCUGCAGGGAGAGGUUGUUUUGGAGAAGAAGAUUGGCGAUAUGUGGAUAAAGGUCCCCUGCGUGCAAGAUCUUGGCAGCUGCACCUAUAAAGAUUUGUGUGCCAUACUGGAUCAGGCUAUUCCUCCCGGCCAGCCAUGUCCGGAACCAUUGCAGUCUUAUGACAUUCCUUGCCAUUGCCCCUUCAGAGCGGGUUCUUACAACUUGCCUUCCUCCACCUUCUACAUCCCCACCUUGGAUUUGCCUCCCAUGCUCACCAAUGGGGACUACAAGUUCCAGGUUGUGCUGAGCAAUGGUGACCAACAGCUGGGCUGUCUCAGGUUGUCGCUUUCCCUGCACUCUGAGAGCCGGUGGUAUUGGUGACUACAACGCAGGCAUCUUUGGGCUUGAGUGCCACAUUUCUUACUCCCCCCCCCUCUUGAAUGGCUAAUACUGAGACUUCUUAGCUGCAACUGCUUUUAUGAUGGCUUCUGAGAAGGAGCCAAGAUGAUGAUGUGAACAGCAGCCUCUAUCUUUCACUCUGCUUAAAAAAAUUUUUUUUUAAACUUCUGCUGAUUGCUUUUAAUCACUUGGAAAAACCACCAAACUCAAUGAAGAAAUGUUCAGAAAUAUUUUUUUUUAAAUCAGAAAUUGAGAUGACUGUGCCUAACUAGUCUUUAUGCAUUGGUUAUAAUGAGGGCAGCUUUCCCUAACUUUGGUCCCUUCUCCCCCAAGGCAUUGUUGGACCAGAGCUCUCAUCAUCUCUAAACAUUGGCUAGGCCAGCCGGGGAUAGUGGAAGGUGUGGUCCAAUAAUUCCCAGGGGAGCCAGUUGGGGAAGGCUGGAUCAGGACCACAUCACCCUGGAUAUAUAUGCUACACAGGGGUACGGAGUGCAUAAUGGCUAUGUGAAUAGAUGUAAGUGCAGCUUCUCAGCUUGGUAAAGUGGCCCAUGCAUAAUCUUUAUGCAUCACUGUCCAUAAGAUUCCUCUACACCCCCAGGGUCUCAGACUAUGGGGUUGUGAGAAUACUGAAAGGUUGUUGGGGUAUUCUGACAGGAUAGCUUGAGCAGACUCAUGAAGCAGUAACCAAAGGAAGAAACCACACUUCCUGCUUUCUGCAUCACAGAUCAAAAUAGCCAGGCAGGCUCCACCAUCUCCUCUGUAUUUACUUCUGCAACCCCUGCUUGGUCAAGGUGGCUCCUUCACUCUGCCAUACACCAAGCACGCUAUAUGAUCAAGCAGUUCCAAUCCCUCAAAAGGCCCAUAUCUGUUAGUCUUGUGCUGCCUAAGUUGUGCAUGAGGACUAGAUCCAACCAAGAGAGUGGGACAAUGAAGGGAACUAACCCUUCUAUAACACACACACACACACACACACACACACACACACACACUUUACACCUCCUGAUUACAAACCGUAUAUGCUGUUUCAUGCUCCUGUUUAUCUUCUGAACAGAAGUUUGGUGCUUGGUUAGAGAGAGGGGUUUUUGGUGGGAUUUACUGGUAUCUGUUCAAGUUAGCUUCUGAUAAAAGCAGAAGGAAAACGCUCAACAUAAAAGAUCUGUAUGGUAUUUCAUGUAAGACUCUUGCCAACAUUUCUGGAAAAGGACCAAAUGCUUGCAGUGCUCUCCCAAGGUAUCUGUGGACAGUUUGGGGACUGUUGGGCAAAGUGACACAACUCCAAUUCUGUGGGAAUUUUCUCUUCUUGUUCAACUAGAAAAUGAAAGAUGCUUACUUAACUUCUAUUUCCCAAGGAACCAAUUAAUCCCACACUGAUGGGAGUCGGGGUUGGCGGCGGGGGAAUCACAGAUCUCUAUUAUUCUCAAGGAGAUGUGCUCUGGAUUGAAGGAGAACAAAAAUUCUAACAUUCUAAAUGGUACCAUUAUGAACCAAGUAAUCUAAUUGCAUGAAUCAGCCAAGUAAUCUGAUUACAUGAAUAUAUGAUGUAUAGUUGUUGUGCCAUAUGGUGACAGUUUGAGUACUGUGUAUAAUUUCUGUGUUCUUUGAGGUGAUGAACAGAUUUGCCGAAUACAUAUUGCAUGUGCGGAACUGGUAAGAGACUGUUACAAUGAGCCUGGACAUCUGGACUAAGAAUUAGUCGCCUGCUUGGUUGGUGCUCAUGGAAACUCUUCCCUCAACCUCCAUAAUGUGUGAUGGAGCCCUUGGGUGUGUUUCCUCCUUUUCUUUCCCUCCACCUUGCUUUCCUCCCAAUGAGACCUUAAGCUUGUAGGGUGAUUGUUUUAAGCCUCACACGUUUUUAAGGAUUUGUACCUGUACUCCAGGUAUACAACAUACUUUGCCCUGUUUUAUUACCCUUGUUGGUACUGACAUUAAUAGAACUCUGCCUGAUGUAUUCAGUGGGGGUGUUAAUUGUAGUAACCCUCCUUACCUUGUGCCCUACUGGAUAGGCCAUGAUGACUGUGCACUUUAUUUCACAGUGCCAUCUUGAAUAUCUGAACUCCCCAAAAGCUGGUCCUUCCAUGUUCCAAACAUACUUUUGUGUCUAACCCAUCUCUACCAUGCACCAUGUGCUUCUUGUUCCCCUCCUAUGCAAACAAAUAUUGAGACUGGGGAAAAUGCAUUGCAACUUAUAGAGGAGCAAGAGUCUAAAGGAAAAACUACCGUACCAUCAUAGUCCUUCCAGCCCACUUCUGUCUCUAGUCCUAACAAAUCAUUAUUCCAGUCCACUUAAAAUAUCAGCCUGGAGGGCCUAAGUCCUAGUGACAAAUCCCUUUGUCAGCGCUAGACUUGGCAAGGCAGCAUUGCUUUAUCUGCGUAGGUUUUCAGAUAUAUUUAAUAUAUUUAAUGUGCACACGUCCAGAGUUAUGGGGAGUGGCACAAGAAAAUAUAUUGCCCUCUAGCUUAGAAACAACUCUUUCGUUUCCUCUUGCAUCAUACAAUAACCCCACAGCCUCUUCCAAAUAAUUGCACCCAAAUGCAUCAAUAAAAAAGUGUUUCCCCACAGCACUGCCUAAGAGGUUUGCACACAAAACCACUGCUGUGCUGUCUUGCAAUGUAAGCAUGCAGUUGUUAUUCUGCUCCCCAUGUUAAACUGUCAGACCUGUGCCCUGGGUAUAUGGCAGCCUGCUAGUAUUACUCCAUAUUUUUAUAUGACCAUGUUGCUAAAGUGCCUUGUAAGCCUUAAAUAAUAAUGGCCGUGGUGUGUCCAGAUGCUGGAUAUAAUCACAUGGAUAGAUGUAUAGAAAAUGACGGAUGUAGCAUAUGUACCUGUGGAAUAUAUUACUUAGGAAAACACCUUUCAUUCUUCAAAAAAA